AUGGCCACUUUAUCGUCAUCCAUCCGCAGUGGCCAAUUUAGCCGGUUACGAAUGGAUUACCGGCAAAUGAACAGGCCGUCACGCAAGCCGGACAGUUUCCUGAAUCCGUCUACCACAAACGUCCUUCCCCUUUUGGAUCCCGAGCUGGUGGAUAAACUUGGGAAUAUCAAAGAACCAUGGACGCCUUCCAGGACUGCCGUUGUUCCUGUGCCCAGUGAAGAGCUGCACAAAGACGAGAAUGCCUUCCCUCCCCAUGAUGCUGUGGCAGGGAUUUUGCCGGACAAACAGCUCUACACUAGCUCUUUCCUCCAGGAGGUCCCAGAUGUGGAGACCGAUGCCUUCCGCGCAGCCAUCCAGAAAAUGGCGGACGACAUCCUGUCCAUGCGCCGACACAUCGCCAACUUGGAGACGGAGAACAACGCCCUGCGACGCAACCUGGUGAUGCACGAAGACGUGGGGCGCAUCCUGUUGGAGGACAUCGACCUCGAUGUCAUGACCAGGGCGGAGAUCGUCGACAGGAUAAUGGGUCUCAAGCAAAAACUGUCCUCUGGAGCUCGGGAGAUGGCCAAAAUGAAGGACCGGGUGCAGCGGCUGCAGAACGAGCUUAUACGGAAAAACGACCGAGAGAAGGACCUGGUGAUGCUCCAGCGAGCCCACCAGCAGCAGCAGCUUGUGCUGAGGAAGUACCAGGCUAAGAUCGCUAAGAUGAAAGCUCUCGAGGAUGCUGUGAGGCAACAGGAGAAGGUGAUCGUGAGGAUGGAGAAGAUGCUGGAGGAGAAGAUGGCGGACCGGUUCAAAGACGCAGUCCGGGGUACAGAGAAGUAUCCAGGAGAAAGCUGGUCCAAGGAUCUCUACUCCACCCUGAUGACUGAGAACACAAGGUUGCGGGAGGAGCUGAACAAAACCUGCUACCGCUCUUCGCCCAUCAUACUUCAGCAGCAAGCCUUACCGGAUGCACUUUCCUCCAGCUCUGAAAAGCUAACACUACUGGGCAAACUGGAGAAAGCUGAGGCCCGCAUCCACAUCUUGGAACGCCAGCUGGAAGAAUCUGCUAGGAAAUGGGGGCGAGAGAAGCAAGAUUAUGCCUCGCGCCUUCUAGAGCAAGAACAUGGAUUUGUCCGAUCGCCUUCCUCUUUCAUGCUGCCGGAAUUCCCACUUGAGGAGAAAGAAGGGAAAGGGAACGAAGAGAAGAAGAACAAACAGGUAUACGAAGGGAAAGCAGCAAAGAGCGUUCCCAAGGCCUAG